AUGUUGUCCACAAUGUGCCGCGUGCUCGUGGUUUUCAUAUGCGCCGAUGGGCCGCUGCCCGGCGAGCCGGAUCUGUGCUUCACGGUCGCCGCGAUGAUGUUGAGUUUCCUUUUGUGGUGGCUUCACCUGGUGAACAUGCGGAUCAUGGAGUUCCAGAACUUCGGGGCCAUGAUUCACAGGUUUCUCCUCCUCUUGGCGGCCCGCUUCCGCAGUGGCGAGGCCGGGGUCAUGGGGUACCUGGCACUUCUGCUGAGCUUCAUCAGCCUCGGGGCUGCAG